GUGGUGUGGUUGUUGUUAAGUUUUGGGUGAUUGUAGUUAAAUCAUGAGUUGAAUUAAAUUUAUUUGUUAAACUUUGAGUGACUAGCAUUGUUAUUUGUUACUAUAACGUUUUAUCUUUUGCUUUCCCGCUAGCACACUAUUUUGAUUGUGUUAGUCUUGUGCAGGUUUUAAUGUUUCUAUGGCUGACGUUACAUGAAACGUAUUUUUAUUUUAAACAAUUGCAUUCCAGUCGUCGUUCUUGCUAAAGUAAUGACAUGCAAUAUAAAAAGUGAUGUCAUCCACUCAUUGUAUAGUAGUGUGGGAGUGGCAGAGCGAGGGCCAGUGGUUGCCACACACUCCAGGAGUGACCCGAACCUUGGAACGAGCCCAUGGCAAGAAACUCACAAGGGUCGUGUUAGCUGAUGCUGACCCAGCCCUUAAAGGGCAUUAUGUUAAUUUGAGAACACUUACUCAGUGUGUGGACACACCAGAUGGAUCUAUGUCGGAGUGCCUGGUGCGUCGCGCGCUGUACGACGUGCAGUCGCCGGGCGGGCGCGGCGUGCGCUGGGAGUGGGCCCCGCUGCUGGCGCCCCCAUCGCGCGCCAUCGUACGAUACGAGCCUAUGCCCAUGGAGAUGCAGGGCGUGGUGGAGUCGGCCUGGGCGGCCGGGGCUGGGGGCGCGUGUGGGGGCUGGCGCCUUAGCCCCCGGCGGGGCGUGGCCGCCGGCCCCCGGGGGAUUCGUCUGUUGAGGCGCACCGCCGCCCCGCCCUAUCCGAGGGCUAUGCCCAUACAACCUGUGCCGCCUGCGCCGCCGCCGCCUGCAGUGCCCCCAAUAAACACGGGUCGCCGAGCUCGCAUCCCGCAGCAGCACACGGGCUCGUCGGUGCAGUCGGUGCAGUCGGUGCAGUCGGUGCAGUCGGUGCAGUCGGUACAGUCGGUGCAGUCGUUGCCGGCGCCGGGCCCCGCGGCCACGGUGCGGACCGGGGCGAGGAGCGCGUCGCCGCCCCGCAAGCAGGGCUUCGCUAGGCAGAUAUUGCACAAUCUAAACAUAUUCGGUAACAGCAACAAGCCGUCUACCGUUUCUUCGGUCGCCAGCUCGGGCGCGGACGGGGAGGGGGGAGAUACAGGAGAGGGGGGGGACUCCGGACGAGCGGGCCGGCGACACAGCGUCGACACCGUGUCUACGUAUCUGUCGCACGAGAGCAAGGACAGCCUGCAGCAAGGUUCAGUGGGUGAGCUGCUGAACUGCAGCGCGGGCAGCGACGACGUGUUCGACUCCCCGGCGCACUGCACCGACUGCACCGACAAUAUACCGGAGACGGUGCCGGCGAGUUGGGCCAGGAACGGGGUGGGUGACGGGGUAGUGAAUGGGUCGGGCGGGGGCACGGGUGGGUCGUGGGGCGCGGUGUGCCCCAUGUGCGUGGCGCGGCUGCGCGCGGGGCCGGGCCUGCUGCGGUUACCGGCCACACAUGUACGGAGGCAGGAGGAAUCAUACAUGGAGUGCCUGAUAUGCGGCGAAGAGGGGGGCGGGGGUGGGGAAAGGGUGCGCGAGGAUAGAGAAGUGGAUGACAGAGUGGCAGUGGACAGCAGCACGGUAUCGGGCCCGCAGCCAUCCGGCAGCAUGGCGUGGAGCACGCAGCCCCGCGCCCUGCCCUCCCUGGGCGCGCACCGUGCCAUCCUCGUCACAUACAGCUUUCAGUCCGGGAUCCAGAGCGAGGGUCACCCGUGCCCGGGGGCACCCUACUACGCGGUGGGGUUCCCGCGACACUCGCUGCUGCCCGACACACCGCUGGGUAGAGAGAUCCUGUCCCUCCUCCGAGGCGCGUGGGCGGCGGGCUGUUUGUUCGGCGUGAGCGCGUCCCGCACCACGGGCCGCGAGUAUGUGGUCACCUGGCGGCCCCCGCCCCCCGCCCCGCCCGCCAGAAUACAGCACUACCCGCCCUCUACCUCCACGGCCAUCGCGCUACUACACGCCGCCAAGGGGGCGCUCGCGAGACACGUGCCGCGUGACUACUGAUGCCGAUGGAGUGCCGCAAGGGUCACCGCUGGGACCGCCACUAUAUACGUCCCGCACCACGGGCCGCGAGUAUGUGGUCACCUGGCGGCCCCCGCCCCCCGCCCCGCCCGCCAGAAUACAGCACUACCCGCCCUCUACCUCCACGGCCAUCGCGCUACUACACGCCGCCAAGGGGGCGCUCGCGAGACACGUGCCGCGUGACUACUGAUGCCGAUGGAGUGCCGCAAGGGUCACCGCUGGGACCGCCACUAUAUACGUCCCGCACCACGGGCCGCGAGUAUGUGGUCACCUGGCGGCCCCCGCCCCCCCGCCCCGCCCGCCAGAAUACAGCACUACCCGCCCUCUACCUCCACGGCCAUCGCGCUACUACACGCCGCCAAGGGGGCGCUCGCGAGACACGUGCCGCGUGACUACUGAUGCCGAUGGAGUGCCGCAAGGGUCACCGCUGGGACCGCCACUAUAUACGUCCCGCACCACGGGCCGCGAGUAUGUGGUCACCUGGCGGCCCCCGCCCCCCCCCCCCCGCCCCGCCCGCCAGAAUACAGCACUACCCGCCCUCUACCUCCACGGCCAUCGCGCUACUACACGCCGCCAAGGGGGCGCUCGCGAGACACGUGCCGCGUGACUACUGAUGCCGAUGGAGUGCCGCAAGGGUCACCGCUGGGACCGCCACUAUAUACGUCCCGCACCACGGGCCGCGAGUAUGUGGUCACCUGGCGGCCCCCGCCCCCCGCCCCGCCCGCCAGAAUACAGCACUACCCGCCCUCUACCUCCACGGCCAUCGCGCUACUACACGCCGCCAAGGGGGCGCUCGCGAGACACGUGCCGCGUGACUACUGAUGCCGAUGGAGUGCCGCAAGGGUCACCGCUGGGACCGCCACUAUAUACGUCCCGCACCACGGGCCGCGAGUAUGUGGUCACCUGGCGGCCCCCGCCCCCCGCCCCGCCCGCCAGAAUACAGCACUACCCGCCCUCUACCUCCACGGCCAUCGCGCUACUACACGCCGCCAAGGGGGCGCUCGCGAGACACGUGCCGCGUGACUACUGAUGCCGAUGGAGUGCCGCAAGGGUCACCGCUGGGACCGCCACUAUAUACGUCCCGCACCACGGGCCGCGAGUAUGUGGUCACCUGGCGGCCCCCGCCCCCCGCCCCGCCCGCCAGAAUACAGCACUACCCGCCCUCUACCUCCACGGCCAUCGCGCUACUACACGCCGCCAAGGGGGCGCUCGCGAGACACGUGCCGCGUGACUACUGAUGCCGAUGGAGUGCCGCAAGGGUCACCGCUGGGACCGCCACUAUAUACGUCCCGCACCACGGGCCGCGAGUAUGUGGUCACCUGGCGGCCCCCGCCCCCCGCCCCGCCCGCCAGAAUACAGCACUACCCGCCCUCUACCUCCACGGCCAUCGCGCUACUACACGCCGCCAAGGGGGCGCUCGCGAGACACGUGCCGCGUGACUACUGAUGCCGAUGGAGUGCCGCAAGGGUCACCGCUGGGACCGCCACUAUAUACGUCCCGCACCACGGGCCGCGAGUAUGUGGUCACCUGGCGGCCCCCGCCCCCCGCCCCGCCCGCCAGAAUACAGCACUACCCGCCCUCUACCUCCACGGCCAUCGCGCUACUACACGCCGCCAAGGGGGCGCUCGCGAGACACGUGCCGCGUGACUACUGAUGCCGAUGGAGUGCCGCAAGGGUCACCGCUGGGACCGCCACUAUAUACGUCCCGCACCCCCGUACGAAUGCAUUACCAAACUUCACCCAACGCUGCUGUUGCUUUACUGCAAGCUCGGCGAGAAGACCUCGCAAGACACGUGGCAGGUAACUACUAAUGUUGAGAUGAUCACCGAUGAGGAAGGGAUCGCUCCUAUAUAUUCCUGAUGAUGACCACCUGAUGAGGAAGGGAUCGCUCCUAUAUAUUCCCACAAGAUGAUUCUUGAUUUCUUUUCAUGUGACGUGAUGCAAUCCGAAGCCACGCACACUGCCAAACGCUCUUUUGUGACUUACGACAGUCAAUUACUGAUAAGUCACUAGAGAAGUGUUGUAAGGGUCACUGCUUGAACUGCCGCUAUUACUCCUCACUUUACGAGUGCUGCAAGAAUUAUUCAGUGACUUACUCACCAGUUCCCGCAGUCAGCAGAAGCUUAACGUUAGAACGCGAGCUUUACAUAGGUACUAUUUUUUUGGGUAUGCCACCAGGAUGACUGCUAGGACCCAUCCUUAACACAAACCAUUUGAGACAAUAAAUCGUCGCUAUACCCAAUAAAGUAGUAAGUGAUUCAUAAAUCAAUGUUUUAUUAAUAAGUUGUAUUAAAAACUUAUCAGUAUUUAUGAGGCAACUCGAAUAUUCCAGAAUUAAGACUUAGGUAACAUGUGAGAUCUGCAUUUAUAUGUACACAAAUUUAUAUUUCAUUACCAAGUAAUGUAAUUAUAAUACUUUUAUUAUUAUAAAGAAUAUUUUAAUUUGUAAGUUUAAAAGAAAACCUUAUGAUAUGCUGUAAAACUCAUUCAGUAGUCUUCCAAUAAGUUGUCUAUUGUUAAAUGUUUUAUUGUAAAAUAUAAGAUAUUUGUUAUACAAUACAAAAUGUAAUUUAAAUAAUUCAAAGGCUUUUGUAGUUUUUACUCUGUUUUAUUUAUAUACUAAAGAUUUUAAUCACUAAAUUAAUGAACUAUUUCCUUUCGUUUUAGCCUCAUUACGCCUAUGAAUAUUUCUUUUUUAAAGUAAGUAGUUCUCACGGCAUUAUUAUUUUGUAAGCUAAAUGCAGAAAUAUUGUUGUUUUUCUAAAAAAAUUGUUCUGUUUGUAAAACGAGGCUUACGAGGGGUUCCGUAUUAAAAUUUAUAUACGGUUGAGCAAACUCAUUCUCACUCACUCAAUCAUGGGUGUAUUCCGCAAUAUACAUCAGUAUACUGGCCAGUGGUAAUGACGUCACGAAUGCGACACCAUAUUAUACUGGUAUGCUACUAUAAUUUUACCGGGAAAACGAAUAUGACGUAUGACCGAGCGUGCGUGUGAUGCAUUCGAAUUUUAUUUCUUUUUUUAUUAAAGAACAAUAAUGGGAUCCGAACAAAAAGAAUUCCUUUUAAUUGAUGAGGUGAAUAAAAAAAUCUCCUUUAUUCGCACUAUUUUUAAUAUUUUGUCGAUUUUUGAAGUCAGUACAUUUCGGAACAAUUCACAAGUAUAGCGUCGAUUCAUGACGUCAUUAGCACUGGCCAGUAUACUGGUAUAUAUUACGGAAAAUUUUACCUCAUUUGUUUUAUUUUACGUUAGAACGCAAUAAAGAGUACCUCCACUGCCUAUAUUUUAUUAUAUAUUUAUAUUAUAUAUAUUUAAGCAAUCCUAUCUUUUAUGGUUUAUGAGAUAAUGCCUGCUGGCAGAUGGAUGGACGUAUAGCGUAGGCUUAUGGAACCCUUAAAAAUAAUGUAAUCCAUUCUAAAGUCGACUUUGAUAAAUAACUGUUAGAUUAUGUUUUAUUUAAAUUACACGUUAAAUAUAAUUCAGAAGAGACUGAGUUUAGGGGAAGAAAGUAUAUUUACAUUAGAAGUUAUGAUUUAUUAUAUACAUAUAUUAUAUGUAUUCUAGGCAAAGUUAGUUAUUAGAAAUAAAAUCUAUAUAUAAAAAAAAAACUUAUACGUACUAAAUAUAUGCGGAAUUAAAUAUUAACAUUUUUAUGAUUUUAUUUAUUUUUUAAGCAUUUAACUGCUAGAUGUUUAAAUCUAAAGAAAAGUUUGUGGGUUACCUACAAUGCGAAGAGAUGGCGCUGCCUUGCAGCUUAAGGCUAGGAAAAUUUCGACGCGGCUAAUAGGGCCGUGGUAGCAUAAUGGUCAGUGCAUUCGUCCGGAUAGCGAAGGAUGCGGGUUCGAGUCCCGUCCGCUGCCUGGUCCGCGUGGAUUUUUUUCUAAUUAACAUUUUUUUUUUAAAAUGUGUCAGAGUAAUCGGUAUUUAGUUGAUAAGCUCCAAAUUAGAUGAAAUGUUUAGUGUCUUGCCAAUAAGUGCCUUGGAUUUUAUCCUUCUAAUAUUAUAUUUAGUGUAAAUAGAGUAUUUAUAUGUUUAAUUGAUGAGCAGUUGCCAUGAACGAGUCUUCCCAAUGUCAUCGAAACUUCCAAUUGUUUAGCUUUACUUAUACAAAUGUUGCCAAUUGUAUAAAUAUAAUGAAAUAUCGAAGUGUAUGUUACAAUAGUAGUAAUAGGUGACGAAAGUUAUUAUAAGUUAAUAAAUUAUAAAUCAAAA